ACACUGAUUCAACUCUACGCUCGCAGAAUCGUGCAAACUCUCCGCUAAAGGGGUAUUAUUUUACGAUUUGAAGGCAAAAUGGUAACUUUCAGCAGCUUUUUGUAAGUUCAGAAUUAGAUCAGAUGACGAAACGGAGAAGGAGAGAGGACGUAGGAGCUCGUCCCGUCACGUGACGCCGGUGAGCAACGUAUGAUCAGCACUUUUUGAAGUUGGCUUCCUCUUGGAUCCGACUACACCAGCAAACAUGACCGCGGAGGCUUUGGUGGGCACUACGGCGCGAUAAAACCCUCAAUUGUGCCUCCGAAGGUAAAACGCAACCUUUUGUCAUCUUCAAAUCAGCGUAAUGUGAAGCCAUGCUCGAGGGAAAAGUCGAUUCCGCUUUUUUUCCUCGGAGCUCCACGCGCCCUCCCGACGUGUCCAUGGACUCGGAAAAACAAUACCGGAGACGUCCUGACAUAUAACCUAGAAUCGAUUACAUCAGCAGCAGCUGUGGCCAUGGAUGAAUACUUUUUCACGUGUCCUUUUCAUAAGUUCCUUAAGUGACCUUCAGACCACCUUCUGUCAUGGCUGAGAUGCAGAAGAAUGACCUGGAUCUAUCAACUGACAUGGAGCACUGGAGCAAAGAUCAAGUGAGAGAAUGGGCUCUCAGACUGGAAGGUGUAGAUGACACCGCUGCAAACACACUGUUUGAGCAGGACAUUACAGGACCUAGUCUUAUGCUUUUAAAGGCAGAAGAUCUGACAAACAUAAGUGUGAAACUUGGCCCUGCAAAAGUUCUACUUCAUUCCAGAGAUGAAACUGUCAAGUUAAAAAAAGAGCAACCAGAAAUAUGUCCUGGAAGACCAUGCAAACCAUAUCCCUUUUAUAGGUGUCAUGACACUUAUAGAUACAUGGAAGGCAGCAUUCUGGAUGUAACAGAAUCUGGGGCAUCAGACUUUUAUGAACCAUGUCAUGAAUACAAAGCUUUUACCAACACUACUGAAGAAACUAAAAUGAUCAAGUUUACUUCUGAGGUCAUACGCUUUGCAGCUGCUUGCAUGAACAGCCGCACCAACGGCACCAUUCAUUUUGGAAUAGGGGAUGUGCCAGAAUUUACUCACGGUCAAGUCUUGGGUGUGGUUGUUGAAAAAGAUCGAGAGGUAUAUGACAAAACUUUAAGACAUGCUAUCAGUCAGUGUUUUGAGUUAAAACAUGUAAAGACAGCCCAAACAUGCAUUAAACCCCCUCGAUUUGUCAGUGUCCUCAACACAAACUUGACUUCAUCUGAAAAGUUUGUGAUUGAGGUAGAUAUAGUACCUGAUUCAUCAUUAUGUGAAAAGAAUAUCUAUCACACAGUCAACUGCAGCAUCAAAAAGAAGAAAAAUAAUGCAAAAGCAUCUGAAGGUGAACAGAAGCAGUUUUUUGUUCGAGAGGGGGGCAGCAGUAGAAACCUCCUGGCUCCAACUACAAAUGCCAAACCAAUGCAUGAAUUCAACAACUUUGUUGCCAGUGUACCACAAUUACUUGAACUCCGAAGGCAGGCAGAGGAGAAACACCUGAACAAGGUGAAAAAUCACGUCCACGGUUCUAAGCUAUGUCAGAUGAUCACUGGGGGAACUGGCUCCUUGGACAAGUCUUUCUAUGAGCACUACAUUAUAGUCACCAAUAAAUCUCACCCCAUUCAGCUGGACUCCAUUGGUUUCCUUGUUGAACUCAAUCCUGUAGCAGUGCUGGACUUUGAUCCCCAGUCCUGUCAAAAUGGGCUAUGUGAGGGCUUUGAAAAGAAAAGUCCUGUUAAUCUUCAUUCACCAGACAGGUAUAAAAUCACAGAAUCUGUUGAGGACAUUGCUAAAAAACUGCAGCUGACUCGAAGUACCAGCUGGGUGUUCUGCAAUGGAAAAACUGGUGAAGAGCAGCCGUCUGAGAUAAAUCUGUGGCUGAUGGACAAAGGAGCGUCAGUUCGAAAUGUGAUUUCUUUUUUAUGUCGAAAAGAUGUUCUUCGAAACAAAAGGUUUCUUGUUGUAUUUGUACUUCUGUCAAGAGUAAAUGACAAAAUGGAUCCACUGGUGGAGACCUUUUGUACAUUUUAUCAGGAGCUGAAAGGCACAGAGCAGAUUCUUUGUAUUUGUGAAAAUGAGAAUGCAUUUACCUCCUGGAAAAACUUGAUAGACGCUCGCUGUGAAGUGGACAUCUCAAAUAGAUGCAUUUAUGAGCUCAGCUUUGCAGAGGUCAAUGGCACCAUCUUGAGCCUUCUGUCAGAGAACCGCAGGAGCAGCCGAUUCCUCCCGGGAGCUGGAGGGAGCAGAGUGUGUCUGGAGAAGAAAGUGGAGCGCCAGCUCACUACGCUGGAUGUUCUGUGUGUGAAUCAGUGUGAAGGAGGAAAUGAGGACCAAGUCUCCAUCGAGCAGAACUUCUACAGAGGGGGAGAAGUGUCCUGGUGGAACUUCUAUUUCUCUGAGCAGCCUGGCUCCAUGCCGUUUAUUAAAAGGGAUAAGUUUGUUUACAUAACUGACACACUCAUCCCAGACUUGUGUUCUCUGAGAAAAGCUUGUGUCCUCUUGAACCUUCUACAUGUACCUGGAUGUGGUGGCACCACUUUGGCCAAACACACUCUGUGGACUUUCAGAGGAAAAUUCCGUUGUGCUGUUCUUAUUGACAACGACGCCGACCCAGUUACAGUGGCAGAACAUGUGUUCACCCUCCUGCAGUACGGCUGUAAAGAGCAAGAACUCCCAGUGCCUGUGUUGUUGAUGAUUGAUGAUUUUGAAGACAUGGAAAAGGUCUUCAACUUACAACAGCUGAUUGAAAAACAGUGUUUGAGCAGCAGUGUCCAGUCCAGGUCUCCACAGGUGAUCCUCCUCAACUGCAUGAGGUGUGAACACAUUUUUGGACCAACUGAUCCAACUGAAGACACUGUAUUCAUUGGGAAUAAACUCACAGAUGAUGACCAGAAACAAUUUGACCAGAAAUUAGCAGAAAUGGAAAAAACACAUGAUGAUACUAAAACCUUUUAUGGAUUCAUGGUCAUGAAAAGCAACUUCAACACUGAGUACAUUCGAAGUGUUGUUCAUCACACCCUUCAGAGUUUCAACAUGGAGCAAAAACAUGCUCAGCUUCUAGCAGUGUUAGCACUAAGCAGCGUCUACUGCAAACAUGCAGCUCUGUCUGUCUCUUUGUGCGAGGAAUAUCUUAUGUUGCCAAAGCCAUAUUUUGGAGACAGUGAAGUUGAAGAAGGUUUUAAACAGUUUUCAACUUUAAUCUUGUCCUGUGACAUAAGAUCUAAGGUUCUGUUUAAAGGAGUUAGAAUGAUCCAUUCACAAAUUGCACUGCACUGCCUGAAGGAAAUGAACUUAACACAUAAAGUCAGCAAAGCAGAGAUUGCAAACUUCAUUCUGACAACUGAUGAACUUUAUGACUGCACACAGGGUAAAAACAAACUCAUGCAGGAUAUUCACAACAUUUUAGUCAAAAGAUAUCCUUUUGGGCAAGAAGCUCCUUCUCAACCUUCUGUUCUUGCCAGUGCCUCACGUCACAAACCCACCAGCUGUACUGAGCAGGAGGAUAAAAUGAAGGAGGAAAAAGUGGAGUCUCGGUUUUCUCCCCUCAUUCGAGAUAUUGAAAGUGAAACUCCAGGGCUGGAAGAGGAUGUUCUUAUAAAUGCUUCCUCUAGGUUUCAAAAGGAUGCCAUUAUUGCUCAGUUACUAGCCCGGUACUACUACCUUAAAAAGAAAGAUUUUAAUGAAGCAAAAAGCUGGGCAAGAAGAUCCAAACAUUUUUCCCAAAAGAACAGCUCGUACAUCUCUGACACCUCAGCACAGGUUAUAAAACAUGAGCUGAAAUAUUCCAUUGCAAAUGAAAACUUCGCCAUUGACCCUGAAGCUCUACAAAAACUUUUGAAACUGGCCAAAUCUGCAAUGGGUGCAUUCAAAGAAACCCAACAGCUUGCAAAGCACGAGUCAUUCCAAAGGUUACAAUCCAAAAGAGACUACAGCCCUUUAAAUACCUCUGGAUUCCUUGGGGAGAUACAAGUGUGUGUACACAUUAUUGAAGUGCUUGAAAAAAUCCCUUUAUUCUCAAGUGGGAAGGUUCGCCAUGACCUUUUGUGUUCCAUGCUUUCUGGAAGAACAAAACUUGACCAAAUGAAAGACCAUGAUCCUGAAUAUAAGAACCAUGUACAAUUCUACAAGGUUCUUGAAGAAUUUGCUGAAAUGCUGUACAGUCUCAAAAACAUGAUGAAAUCAAAUUUUGACUUUCUUGUCAAAUUUAAUGUAAACCUGGCAUCUAAAUUUGGGAUGAGAGAAAGCUGUGACCAAAUAGCCAAAAGUGAACUUUCCCGAUGCUUUGGUAAAUUUGCACAACUUUUCUGUUUGACAGAAUCAGAACCUUUGCUCAAUAAAAGCAUGAACACCAUACUGAAGCUACAUAAGGCCAGGCAAUUCAUUGAGAAGGAAGAACUUGAUACAUACUCUGGAAUUUUGAAUUGUCUUUCAAAUGACAAUAAACAAGAAAUCUUGGGUGACAUUGUCAGUGCGUACAAAUUUAUUUACAACUCUGACAACUGCAGUCCUGUUGAAAAAAUGAACUACAUCUACAUGAAUGUUGUGCUCAGUUGUAUCAAUCUGAAAUUGAUUGAGGAGCCAUUUCCAAGACUGGUUAAUAUUCUGUGCAAAUGUCUUAAGGAUCCAUUACCAAAGGCUAAUUUGCCUCUCUACUUCAUUGCAGUCCUUCUGUUAUGGCCACAGCAACAGCGACACUUAAACUGGCCAGAGAGUGCUGAUCUGCGGAGUUACAUCUCUCACAUGAAGACCGCCUUUCACACUGAGAUGAAACACAUAUACAAUGGCAAGAGACCCAUUGUCCACUUCUUCCUGGGAAAAAAGGCUGGUUAUGAACGUAUAGUGCAUCUGGGGGAAGUCAAAAGAUGUAGCAAGGCUGAGAAGGACCAGUUUGCCUCCAAAUGGGAAAAUGGAGUGAUAUGGAAAAACCCCAAAGUACAAGAGCUUCUUUGCAGAGUAACUGGGAAAGUGAGAUCCAGAACCAUUCUGGUCCGUACUGUCAUUCCUGACGUAAAUAUUGAAGUCACACCACAAUUUCAAAGUCAACUUCGAGGUUACAGAGAGGGCUCCACUGUAUCGUUCUUUAUUGGGUUUUCAAUGCAAGGGCCUCUUGCAAUUGACAUUGACAAUAUUAAACUAGAUUAAAGUAGGCCUAACUAUGCAGUCUGAUACGACACUGUUGUCAAAAUGUUAUCCAUUUCUUUUUUCUAUUCCAACUUUUUUUUUUUAUAUAAUCACUAUUUACUUGUCUAUAUUCAUAAGAAGUUUUUAUAAUAUAUAAACUCACCAAUCUUGUUGCACAUCUUUAUGAAUGUAAACCUAAAAAAACUGUUCUUCUGUAACUAACAUAAAUCAUACAUCGUCUUUUAUCCAACAACUUUUCACCUGACAUGAAAUAUAUAACUGUUUGUUUGUUUGAUUUAUAAAUUAUUAAAUACAACAAUACUUGACUAAAUUGAGUGUAUUGAUAUUUAUUAUUAAUUGUUAAUCUCAUCCAUGACCAAAUAAUGAACAUUUAGCACGGUUGCCAUGGUAAUAAAAAUUCAAAGCAUGAUAAAUCAAUCUUUGUGUCCGUUAAUAAUAAAAUGGUACAUUACUUUUCAA